GCCCAAACAUCCACCAGCCCGUUACUAGCGUGACCACACACAGCCCCCUGGUGCAUGCUGAUUGGACCACAACUCCGUUAGAGUCUGUUUGCUGCGAGACUGAAAACUAGACGGAGUUUCGAACAGAAAUCCGCGAUUAUUCUAUUUCCAAUGUUGUAGUGAUAGUUUGGCUACUUUCCAUGGGGCUGAAAAUGUGAAGAGAUGGACUUCAUGACGAUAUUCGGAGCCGUUUUUGUCGUUUUUUGGCACACGGGCAGUGCGUCUAAACUCUUUAGUGGCCAGCGCAUCUGUCGACGCGGCACGGAGAGGCCGUGUUACCGGCUGGCUCAUGUCCCGGACCCGCGGCAGCGCGUGAGCUUUGAGGGGGCGCGGGAGGCGUGCCGGGGGGACGGCGGCGAGCUGCUGAGCAUCGAGACGGAGGACGAGCAGCGGCUGGUGGAGCGCUUCCUCCAGGACCUCGCCGGAGACUUCUGGGUCGGCCUCCGCAGGAGCCUCCGCCACCGGGAGCCGGGGGUCAGCUGCUCUGCCCUGUACUACUGGCUGGACCGGAGCCAGGCAACAUUUAGGAACUGGCAGUGGGAUGAGCCCUCCUGUGGGCGUGAGAUGUGUGUGGUGCUGCACCAUCGCCCCCCCUCCACCCCCACGCAGGUGGGCUGGGUCAACUACAGGUGGAACGACGUCAGCUGCACCCUCAAACAUAACUUCAUCUGCAAGUAUGCAGACGAAAAGAAACAUGACGUCAUCAUCACGCCAGCCAGCCCCAGACACACAGAAGCUCCAGUCAUCUCUGUGACGCCUAAGCAGAGGGCCGUCACCGGGGACGACGGGGAUGUGAGAGUUGGAGUCUCUGAAUCAUCAGUGUCCUCCACAGAGACGACCCUGAACAUCCUGCUGAUCACCAUCCCCGUCCUGCUGCUGGUGCUGCUGCUGGUCUCUGGACUUUUCUGCUACAGACUCAUGGCUAACAGGAGGAAGGAGCAGACGGAGCCCAUCUAUGCCAAGCCAGGCCAGUGGGCCUCAGUGGGCAGCAGUGACAGUGGAGGCAUCCUCAUCUCACAGCUACAGCAGGGGGCGUCAUUGAGCACACGACGCCCACAUGCCCAGGACACCCCCUCGUUUGACGUCUCUGCCGCCCAUGGGGCUCCACUGAGCGCCCGAAGCCCCCACGGCCUCCCAGGCGGCAGAGAUGUCGGCCAGCACGAGGACUAUGAGAACGUCCCCAGCAAGGAGCCGAGGAGCGUGGGGCCGAGGAGCGAGGGCUUCGUCACCAAUGACAUCUAUGAGACCUGCAGAAACUCCAGCACUCUGGAGGCAGGAUGGGUGGAGAACGACAUCUAUGGAUAUUAAACCCACACACACACACACACACACACACACACACACACACACACACACACACACACACACACACACAC